UAAAACUGGGGGAAGCAGAGGCUUAGGUAGAUGGAGGCCCUCCGGAAGUGUAGGCACUCCUACAUUUAUACAUGAUGGCAAGCCUUAUGAGGCUAAAAGACUGAGAGAGCCACAGCCAGCAGAGGAAGGAAGUGUGAUUGAAACCAGCUGACAGGCUAUCGUUUGACUUCUUUUAACAUUUCCGUCUCCUUUCUUUCCUUAUAUACCUCUGCAAUCUCCCUCUCUAAGCCACAGCCAGUGUCUCCUUCCGAGAGCUUAUCACAAGCCAGAAGGCGAAAGGGGGAGUGGAGGAGCCACAGGGCUUCGCAUCUGAGAGACAUGGGGAGGGCUCCAUGCUGCGACAAAGCCAUUGUGAAGAAAGGUCCUUGGUCUCCAGAGGAAGAUAGACAGCUCAAGGAGUAUAUGGAGAAGUAUGGCACUGGUGGCAAUUGGAUUGCUCUCCCUCACAAAGCUGGUUUGAACAGAUGUGGCAAGAGCUGCAGGUUGAGAUGGCUCAACUAUCUGAGACCCAACAUUAAGCAUGGGGACUUCACUGAUGAUGAGGACAGGAUAAUCUGCAACCUUUAUGCUACCAUUGGAAGCAGGUGGUCCAUCAUCGCUUCCCAGCUGCCAGGAAGGACAGAUAAUGAUAUCAAGAACUACUGGAACUCCAAACUGAAGAAGAAGCUUUUGGGGUUUCCACCAUCCCAAAGAAAAACCCAUCAACAGCUGCAGAAGCAGCUGGAGCAGCAGCAGCAGCAGCAAUUCUUCCCAUAUCCUCCCGAGAUCAGGACUGGUUCAUUCUCAUCGCCACCAAGCCUUGAAGGCAUGCAAAUCUCCCAAUAUCUCCCGACCCCUAUGUCGGCCACCACUUUCUCCUCCCCUCUCCCACAAGGUUCCAUGCAUCAAUGUCAAGUGAAGGACAGUAGCAGCCUCCUCAUCUUUGGGAGUGAGCAGAGCUGCAGCUCCUCUGAUGGGAGUUGCACUCAGAUCAGCUAUGGGAGUAAUGUCGUCGACUAUGAGCUUUGUAAUGGUGGGCAACAGAUGCGAUCUCUUGAGAGCUUUCUCUAUGGUGGGAUGGAGGAAACCCAGAAACUAUUUCUUGGCGAUGGUGAGGCCUCAUUGGAGUACAAUAUUGAGGAGAUUAAGCCAUUGGUUGGCCCAAACAGCUGGUGCAACAGCCUCUUUGGGGAUGAUCUAAGCAGUGCAACAACCAAGGACAUCAGCUUCAAACCCCCGGGCAAGGCCAUGUACUACUACUGACUGCUGUAACUACAAGAAUUUUUUUUCUUUGGAGGUAAGGCUGUGUGUUCUGAUGGAAGACUUUGACGGUACAUAGGCUAAAGCGAGUGUUGGCUUUCUUGUAUGCAGUUCCUCUUUUGUGACAUGAUGUUUGUGUGUGCGAGUGUGGUGAAAUCCCCUUGGGCUUAGCAUUCAAGAAUAUCAUAUGCCUUGCAGUGUUUCAGUCAUCAGUGGCAGUGGUUGUACCUCGUGAGGUCAUCAUUGUGAGAUUCAAAACCAAACACUCAUGUCUUUCUUUC